CCCCCCGCGCGCGCGCCGCCGCUGCACAAUAAUCCAACAUGGAGUAAUCAGAGAUGGGGCUCGUUGGGGCCACCCUCAGCAACAUCAACGCAUAUUUCAUCUAAGGGAUUUUCGGAAAUACACUGAAGCACUCAAACUGUGGGAAAUUAUUCGGGGGAUCUGAUUUAGCCUGCUUUUAUUCCAAGAUCCUCCAAGGGUUUCAGCAGCAACUGGAAAAAGAAAAAGAAAAAAAAAGAAAAAAAAGAAACGAAAACCCAUCAAGAAGACGGAGACGAGGAGAGGAGAGAGAGAGCAGCGAGAAGACACACUAUAGCCGAACGAAAUGUGAGGGAUUAUUGGGAAAAGAGUGGCAUAAAAAUGACGAACGAACAGAGUGCACCCGUUGUGGGAUUUUUUUGUAGGUGAAACGAGAAAAAUGAUUGAAGAAACACACCCAAACGAUGAUAGUUACAUUGUGCGCGUCAAAGCAGUGGUCAUGACCCGAGAUGACUCGAGUGGGGGAUGGCUGGCACAGGAAGGUGGGGGCCUCAGCAGGGUGGGCGUCUGUAAGGUGAUGCCUGCUGAGCUGACCGGCCGCAGCGACUUCCUCAUCCACGGCGAGCGCCUCAAAGACAAGCAGGUGAUUUUGGAAUGUUUCGUGAGGAAAGAUCUGAUCUACACCAAGGCCACGCCCACUUUCCACCACUGGAAGGUCGACAACAAAAAAUGCGGCCUGACGUUCCAGAGCCCCGCCGAUGCCCGUGCCUUUGACAGAGGUGUGCGCAAAGCCUUGGAGGACAUAACGGAGGGUUCCACGACUUCCUCUUCAACACUCCAGAAUGAGGCUGAACUUGGGGAUGAUGAUGUGUUCACAACUGCCACCGACAGCUCCUCAAACUCAUCUCAGAAGAAGGAGCUCACUACACAGCUAGUGGCCACCUCCACCUUCUACGAGCCUCAUCCACAUCGCUGCAUUCUGCAGUACCGGCCGCCUGAGCGCUACAGCCUAGAUCAGAAGUUCUCCAGGAACCCCUUCCCGUUUGAGGACGAGGAGAUCGUCCGAAUCAACCCCCGGGAGCGCUGGCUGAUCACAGGCUAUGAGGACUACCGAUACGCCGCCGUGCCGGACAAGUUCAUCCAACAUGAGGACUCGGACUCGUACGUUCAGAUCGCUAAGAACGAACCCUUAAAGCACGACUACAACUACCCCUACGUGCCCAGCUCUGACUUCAGCCAGUGCGACCUCAAGAGCCACUGCGGGGGCGACGGGGGCGUAGUGGCCACCCAGCCGCGGGCGUUCAAGCUCAAGGGCAAGCGAAGGAAAGAGGACGGAGAGCGAUCGCGCUGCGUCUACUGCCGGGACAUGUUCAACCACGAGGAGAACCGGCGCGGGCAGUGCCACGACGCCCCCGACCCCAUCCGGACCUGCAUCCACCGGGUCAGCUUCAUGUGGUGCGCCGACAGCAUGCUUUACCACUGCAUGUCCGACCCGGAGGGAGAGUAUUCGGACCCGUGCUCGUGCGACACCAGCGAGGAACGCUUCUGCCUUCGCUGGACGGCCCUGCUGGGUCUGUCGCUGUUGGCACCCUGUCUGUGCUGCUACCCACCGCUCCACAUGUGCCACCGCUGCGGCGUGGCCUGCAGUUGCUGCGGAGGGAAGCAUAAGGCCGUCGGCUGAAUGAACCUUAAACACGCCCCUCGGAACACUAGCACUGAGGAGGGCAGGAGUGGACGGCGCUUUCACUGUCCUUUACUUUACGUUCUCUCCUGGCUCCAGAAAACAGUUGGUGCGUUGAAAACGUUCUCCUUUGGUUGUUUUUAUAAAUAUGAAAGUAUAUAUAUGUGUAUGUUCUUUUCUUUCCCCUUUGUUGUGGAUGUUUCUCUCAGUUCCUCGGCUCUCCUGGAGCCCUCAUGUCAUGCAUUACUUAUGCAGGUACUUUAUAUUUUUUACACUGAUUUGACUUUUCAAGAACUUGAAUCGCUUGUCUUUUUACGGCGCGCAGUCGUCUCUGUUUUGCGUUCGUUCGCCGUGGCCAGCAAAGGGAGGAAUUCGCUGUUUACUCUUCCUGAACAGGUCCGUACAUAAACUGGCAUUUAUAUCCCAAGCCCUUUAACCGUUCAGAACAAUAACAAUGAGAUUAGCUCGAGACACUAAACCUGUAGUCGUAAGCGUCCGUUUGUAGUGCGAUUGUGGGAGAGCGUGUGUCGAUGCCUGCGUGCGUGUUGUAAAGGAAUGAUAACAUUGUAUCACAGCAUAGUAUUGUCGUUAUUAUAUUUAAGCCAAAUUUACAUAAGCUGCAUCCAGAGUAUAUGUAAAUACUGUAUACUCAUAUGUAUAUGUUUCAAAUCGAAUUAUUGUAAUCACCUUCGACAGCCACAGCUGCGCUUCAGACAUGGGACAUUUUCCUUAGAGUUGACUUCUUUUGGAUGCGAGGGUGGCUUCUGAGUCUGAUGCAUAUUUGAUAUCCAAAGAUUAAUUUUUGUCAUAUUUAUUCUCGCGGUCAAUUGAAUCACCAGCCAAAGGGAGAAAAAAAAUAGAGAAAAAAAGUCAUCAGACUGUGGGCAAAAAGCACAGCCAUAUGGGGAAAGAGAAGUUUCCAGUGAGCCCACGCCGCUUACACUGCAACAAAAAAACUAAUUCAAAAUAAUUUUUUAAUCAUAAUUUUUGUCUUGAAAAACAUAAUCUAAAUAUCCUCACAACAGAUUACUGUUUUUUAAAAAAAAAAAAAUUUAGAAAUAAACCUGAAUUUGGUUUAAUUUUACCUUAUUUUUAUUUAUUUAUUAUAGAUUUAUAUUGAUUUAAACAAACCUCACACAGUUUUAUUAGAUAUAUGCUUAAAACAAGGAAAAAAUCAAACAGUCAACUAGUCAAUACAAAAUAAUAUCUUAUUCAGUUUUGCUUCUCAUGUAAUUUUUGUUUGUUUUAGUUGACUGUUGAGAUAUUUUACUGGAAAACAAGACAAAAAUAUGAAUUAAUGAAAUGAUUUCUAUGUCUAUGUGAUUUCAAAUAUUCUCCGGAGGGAAAACACUAAAGCGCUAUAUUUUUUCCCUUAUUGACAAAUGGCUCAUAAUUUGUCUAGAAAAUGGAAGGAAUUGUUGUCUCAAAGAUGUUUCCAGCUCCAGUCCUGUUCUCUAAGAAAAACAAAAGGAAACAGAAAAAUAAGCUUGAUUUUAAGGGUGCUUUAUAGAGGGACGUUUGCCAAACCGAUCUCCAGUUUCUUCAUAACAAUAACUUAACGCCUUAAUUUUUGAGAGGACAUUCAAAUGAAUCAAUGCAGUUCCUCAAAGAAGAGAAAAUAGUGAAAAGAUAUUUUUCUAUUGUAUAAAAAAAGAACUACCCCAAUAGAUAGGCCUUUCUUUAAAACAAAAAAAAUUCAAAAUUGCUCCAGUUAUUGCGGGAGUCAAAUGGCAUGGUACAAUCGGCGAGGCGGCUCGUAUGUGUCGAGUCCGUCUCCAUCACCUCACCCAGCCCUGUGAAAGACCUCAUGACCAGCCAGUCACCUUCCCCUGCUCAUGCUUUGUCUGAAUAAAUCAUCCACUGACAAAGCAGUGCUCUCAUAGAUACUCAAAGUGUAUGUGAGCAGUCAAAGAAUGUACAGUAUAUGUGCGUCAGAUGCUUCUUCAUCUUAUGUAAACAUUCAGCCUCAAAACCGUGUGGUGUGUUCUCAAAUGACAGUGUGAAACUCUUAAAAAUAAAGGUUCUUUAAUGGUUCGUUGCAGAACCGUUUUUCGUUUUAAAGGUUCUUUGGAGAUCUUGAAAAAGAAAAGUUCUUGAUGUCACAUUAUUGGUAUAAAGAUUCGGUUCGGAAUCGCAUACUACUCUUACUAUUGCUGCAGUAUGUAGUAUGCAAUUUGUAUUUUUUUUGUAUGCAUAUGUCCAAACAACAUUCACCAGAAUUUGCUGUAUGGAACGCGGUUGACUUGACCUUCCUUUUUCAAUGUGAGGGAUGAAAAUAUAAAUAAGGCCUGUUCACAUUACAAAUCAUAACUAUAUUGUCCACUCUUUAAAGUCUGAUUGGCUGUCAAUAUUUCUUUCACUCUUCAGCUGAACAAAAUGGUUCUGAAAGAGAUUCCAACAAUAUUGUUCCUCUGUGUCAUUAUCAUUAUGGCUAUUGUGAACUUCGCUACUCUCAUAUUUUUAAAGAUUAUUAAAACUUUAUAGUUAUAGUCAGCAUUCUUGAUGUGAACAGGCUUACACAAAGUCAGCCACAAUUUUUAGCAUUUCUUUUUAGACUCAUCGUUUGAUCGUAUUGGAAAUAAAUAUAUAUUUAACACAAAAUUGGAUUGAUUUUUUUUUUUUUUUUAAAUGGCUUAUUUAAUUAUUAUUAUUUAUAAAAAAUACAAAUUUGUUGAAUUAACCAUGCAAUGUGAUGAGGUGAUGUGUCAAUAAUGUGAUUAUAGUGGAAUUACAUUGCAUCCAGCAAAAUUACUGUGAAUUACUGUGCUGUAUACAAAAUUACAUUGUAUACAAAAUAAUAUUUAGUUAACAUUCAAUUCUGCUAGUAUUCAAUUCCGAACAGUCUUUGUUUCAUCUGUUUUGUGUUUUUUUGAAGUGCUUCUAUUUUGUAUUUUUCUAGGAAUAAAAUGUUUUUCGUUACAUAUUCUGUACACUGUAAAAAAACAAUUAUGAUCAGUAAUUCAUGGCAACUUAUGUUUUUACAUUACUUAAUUAUCAAAAUAAGUUGAGCAAUUUCAACUUUUUUAUGAAGUUCUAUGAAAUUCAACUUGAUUUUUUCAAGUCAGUUAAUGUAGUUUAUGUUGAAAUAGGUGGAUUUUUUUUUACAGUGCAGAAUAAGAAGAACAUUUUGUUGAAACAUUUAAGAUUUAGUGCCUCUUGCACUUACUAUGUUCCCCUUGUUUCUUUGUUUUAACUUUUCCAAAAUAUCUAAUGUUCAGGUUUCGAUGAAAAACAAACAUUCAAUGUGGACUUUUCUAAAGAACCGUAGAACUUAAAAAGGUUGAUGUUGUAAAAGCCUUUAUUUUUAAGAGUGAGGUGCUGCUGUGUGGUUUCACUCUCAGAAAAAAAGGUACAAAAGCUGUCACUGUGACGGUAUUUUUUUGAAAAAAGGUACAACUUUGUACCUUAUUUCCCCCUAAAAAGUGCAUUUUAGUACCUUAAAGGUACAUCAUUGGUACAUUUUAGUACCUUUUGAAAAGAUGCUGCCCCGGUGGCAACGUUUGUACCUUUUAGUCUGCGAGUGUUGGUUAGUGUGGAGGUGUCUAACUCGCGCCCCUGUCGCUUCACUGGAGUCCUCUCGCUGAUGGGUGGCGGGGAGGAAGCUGGGCUUGUCAGCUGUCACUGUGUCCUUCAUUCACCACGUGUCCUUUCUGUAUCUGAGUACGUCAGCUUCUGCAAUACCGCUGUCAUCCGAGCUUAGAGAAGAGCUGCGUUUUAUUUUUCUAUCUGUGGUAAUGGAAAGUUAACCAAAAGCAUUCAGUAUGAACGUCUGUCCUGGUGCGACACACAUUUACCUGUUUAAAAAGUGCCUGAAGCAUCAUGUUAAUCUAUCUCCUUGUAUACUAAAAACGAGAAAAGAAACAGAAAAAGAUAAAAAAUGAAAUAAACCCUAUUGUAUUGAUUAGUUUUGUUUUUUACAAUGCAAAUUUUUACCUCUGUAAAAAGCAAAAAUAUCUAUAUCAAGUGUAUGAUGUACAUUUUUAUUUCUAUUUUUUUUAAUCGUUUCUAACAUGUAUGAUCAAUGUAGCUCCUGCUUUUAGGAAAAGAUGGAAAAAAGCAAGUACUUUGUAAAUACCAGUUGAUCAUAUCGGAACUACAUGACGGCCUGGCCGCUGUGCAGUUCUACAUGUUUGUCAUAGGUCCCAAUAAAAAUGAAAGAAACCAGUAA